AUGGCUAGCGUUGACUUUACCCCCAUUGGUAAAAGAAGGCCAAAUACCAAAUUCCAGGUUAUUCGAGGACACAACGCUGAUGAGAACCGUCCCAAUUAUCGAAACUUGUUUCACACUUUAAAGGACUCAACAAAUAUCAAUCAUGAUGCAGGUGACUUUAGUUUUGAUACAACGCAAGAAUGGGAGAAUGAUUUGCGAAAGCCAUCUCCGAUGAAACGCCAUCAAAAGACAACAAGGCGGGAAACCGUGUUUGAGAAUGUUGGUUUAGGAGUGAACCAGCUGGAGGAGCUUAUUCACCGCUUAGAAUCGGAGGCGCUUAGUUGGAAAAUCAAGUACAAGGACCUUCUCAGUGUAGUGGAACAGAUGGAUGUUGACAAUGAUAUGAUUGAGGCUAAUGCAAAGCUUAGGAGUCAGUUGAAGUUGUUGGAAGAGAGAUUGAUAAAGUCGGAGAACAAUGGACAGAAUGAAAAGUACCUCCUUGAACUUGAGCAUAAGGACAAGAUGAUGCACGAAAUGGUUGAAGAUAUGGAAAGAAUGGAGAGGAAGUUGAAUGAUGCUGACGAUACUGAUUUAAGACACGAGUGUUUCGAAUUGAAGAAGAAGAUUAACGUGUACGAAAAAAAGCUAAGGGAGUAUGAGGAGUUAACUUUAGACAAGCAACAGCAAUCCCAAGAGGAUAAUCAAGAUAUAAAGAGGUUGAAGCAUUUGAUCAAGGAGAAUGAUCAGAUACACGAAUCAGAGCUACACCACUUGAAGUCGUUACUUGAGAGUGCAGAGCUUAAAUUAGAUGUAGCUGAAAGAGAGAUACAAUCGUUGAGGGAAAAUGCUGUUAAUACCUCCAAUGUGAAAAGGCAUUUCCAUUCUGACUUAGAUAAACUAACCAGUGACAAGCAAGAGCUCAGAAAACAACUCGAUGGUCAAGUAAAAAAACUGCAACAUUUGCAACUUCAGUUAGACGAGGCUGAAAGGACUAAUCGAGACUUGUUACGUCAGGUAGAGCAUGAAAGGGAGAAGUCGUCGAAAUUGGGUAUUGAUUUACGCCAGAGCAACAACGACAAUCGCUCUUUAGUUGACAAGCUUGACAAAGAGAAAGAGCGGGUGAAGGAUCUUGUGAAUGAGCUUCACGUGGCACAAAGAAAGAUUGAAAAUGGAAAACAAGAACACGCAGAGUUGGACUUGUUGUUGAAGGAAGCCAUCUCUAAAAACGCCAGACACGAUCACACUGCCAUCGAUAGAGCUAACGGGUUGCAAAAGGAGAAUGCAAUCUUGCAAGACAAGGUGAAGCAGUUGGCAUCCCAUUGCCAGGACUUGGAAGCGGAAAUGGAUUCAAUAAAGACCAGAUUUAAUAACAAAGAUAAAGUUUUCCUCAAACAACAAACUGAACUUCGAACCCUUGAGGAGGUCAACCUCCGCUUGGUUGAUGAUCAUGCAAAGCUUGUUUCCGCAAACGAAUCCCUAAGUAAAGAGGUUGAGAACUUGAAAAGCGAUCUUCAGCGUUGCAUUCAUGAGAUUGCUGACCUUGAGAAUCACAACGACAUAGAGGAUGAACAAAGAGUAUCAAGGUUAAUGUCUAACGAGCGUGCUCUCAAAGAAGAAGUUAUGUCAUUGUCGAAAUUGGCUAUCCAAUUAGAAGACGAGUUGGACAGAUUCAAGGAGAGAGAGCAAAGCCACAGGGAGCUUUUUGACGAGAACAAGGAUCUUUUUGACGACAACAAGGAACUCGUGAGAAAGCUCAAGGAGUUGCAAAGGAUACUCGAGGACUUGGGAGUAUCAAGUAAAGAAGAGCUUGAAAUUUUUGAGACAAACGUGAGGGAUAGAAUAGUGGCUAUGAAAAAUGAUUUGAAAGAUAGUGACACGCUUGUGAGAAAGUUGGAAAAUGAGCUUCAAAAAUCACACGAAGAGAUCAGAUUCCUAGAGGGUAGAGUUGUCAACAAAGAGGAAGAACUCAGGUCUGUGGAGAAUCUAUUGAAAAGCGAAAAGAAAGAAGAAGAAGAAUCCGCUGUGCACGCGUAUCAAGAAUUUCAACUCAAAAAGACACGUGAGGAACUCAAUGAACUCACAGAACAGCUAAGGAAUACCAAGUUGGAUCGUGAUGCUGAAGUUGCUAAAAUACAAAACUCAUGUAAUGAUCAAGUGAAGGAGCUAAAGCAACAAUUAAAUGACUACAAAUCUCAAUUGAGCAACACCAUAAAAGAUUACCGACAACUCACAGACAAAUUAUUUGAAUAUAAAACAAACCUCAAGUUGGUUGGGGAUAUCGAGCGUGCCAAAUAUUACACCAAUGAAUGUGAAUACUUUAAGCAAAGAUAUAGAGAUACCACCCUCAUAGCACGAGAUUUCAAAUUCAUGUACGACUUUGCAAUAAACCAAAUCAAAAGCAGUCGUCUCAAAAUUAAUGAUGACUCAAAGCUAGCUGUUGUUGGUUUAUACCCGGAAUACGUUGGUGGAUCGACCAAACCUAAACCUACAUUUAAAGGUGUGGCUACAUUAGUAUUAGCGGCAGUAAGACUAAAAAGGCGGACCAAGUUUGAGAAAAGUAAAUUCAAGGAGCUAAAUAAAACAAGGAAAUCGUUGGAAGAUGCUAGAAUGAGGUUUAAAGAGAAGAAAAAACCGUUUGUAGUUGGUAUAAAGACUAUGUAA